UUGUUUAUCGGUCGCCGAUUUGUAAUCAGUUUUGAUUCUGUUGCGCGAGAAUCUUGCGUUCGAAAAUUUUCAGCUGAAACGCGUUAGUUUUCGACAGUAAUUCUGACAAAACCGGAGUCUCUAUUUUGUUACAAUAAUUGUACAGAAAUUCGGUGAUUAUCGUUUUGUUGUGAAGGUGUUUUUCGCUGCAUUUUUCGUGCAAUUCAAUCGUGCGUCUGUGCAAAGAGUGCAACUUAUCAUUGAACGCGCGAAUAUUUCUCAAUUUUUCAAGCAUUUCAUCCUUGGGUGUCUUUACUUUUCGUCAGUCGAUGCCGCCUCAAAGUUAUUGAAACGAUGAAAUUGUCGAUCAAUCUCACAGGUUUAAUACCAAGUUUGUUUGGAGCUUUUACUUGAUUUUAUAACCCCUAAAUAUUAAUUGUGUCAACUCAGUCCUACUGAAUUAUGACUGAUCUUCUCUAUCAGUCACCAACCAGUACAACCCCUCGCAGUGAUUCAUUCCGCUGUGCCUUGCUAGAUGUUUGUCGGUCCCCCGUUCUAUCGAGAUACUCGAGAGAAGACAGAGCAAACAUGGGCUUCAGCGAUUUAAAACAUAGUCGUAGUGAUGACCUGGUGCUUCAAAGCGCCCCUGUCAACGGGCCAGAAAUGCAGCAUGGCAUCAGUGAUGCUGCACUCCAGAUUCAAAAAGAUGCCUGUGUCGUCUAUGAAGAUGACGUAUCGAAUGGGUCGGCCAAACCUGCAAUUAGUUCGCCAAGUAAUUCUGAAAGUGGAGGUGCGAAAUACCGCGAUAAAUCGUUUUUGAAGUUAACUGGUGAUUUUGGUAAUGAUGUGCCGAAUAAACGUGCUAGCCAACAUGUUGAGCUUUACGACAAAGUUGACCCAGAGGAUAGCAUUCGGGACAUCAUCUCAGAGAAUGAUUUCUACAGAUUCGUGCUCUUCAAGCGGCAUUACGAAACGUACCUGGACAUCUCGCGCAAGUACGAGGAGGCACGCAACAUCGCGUACUACCUCGAGGAGAAAUACCACGAAAUUAAGGCGGAGAAGGAGAUCCUGGCGGCGGCCCACCACGAGCUCGAACGACGGCUCGAGGACCGAGAGGAGGAGCUCAGGGACAAGGAGGAGGAGCUCUUCCUCCAGCUCGAGAGGGUCAUCCGACUCGAGGAGGAUUGCGAAAAGUUGAAACAGGAGAAGGACAAGAUCAUCGAGUGGAAGGAAAGGCUCCAGAAAGAAAGGGACGAAGCGUACAGACAGUUAAAAUUACAAGCAGAAGCCUCUGAGGUGACAAGGCGGAAGUUGGAGGUUGCCAGAAAUGAUGUAGUUCGACAAGUGACCGCAAUUGUAGCUGAAAAAGACUGUUUAGAAAAAGAGAAUUCUCGAUUGAAAGAGGCCUUGCAAUGUCUAGAGAGAAAAGUGCCCAUCCAGUAUCGCAAUCCUAAACCCUUGAGUCGGUGUGAAAGUGCUAAAGGAUUAGAGGCAGAGGUUCAUGAAUUGAAAAUUAUGGCUAAACAAUCUGCAACUUUGAAUUCUCAGCUGAAAAAAGGGAUGAAGCACUUGGCGUCAUGCCGCCGGAGGAAAUGUUCUGUUUGUGCCUAUACUAGAGCUACUUUUGGAGAAUAUGCAGCCUACGUUGAUGACAAGGAUUCAAAAGCAGUCAAAAGCUGUUUCCCAUUCCAAGACUUACGCAAAUGGACUCACAAGCCUAUAGCAGCAACGCCAGCAACGGAGCCAGAUUUCAGCGCUCAAGUCGCAGAGCGACUGUCGCAGUGUUCUAUUAACCCUACCUCUUUAGCUCAAGCAGCCAUGCACCUAUCUUAUAUAGACGACUGUUCCUUGUCAUCUGACUGUGAAGGUGAAGGACAUGAAGAUUGUCGAGCCUCCACCACUUCCUCUGCGCCGCACGCAUUCUCCUCUGAUUCGGGUUUUUCCUCUGAGCUGUGCGACUCGGGGCUUCAAGACAAAUCUUUUCACCGCGGGUCCAAGUGGACUUCCUCUUUUCGUAAGCUGUUUAAUAGAGUGUCAUCUAAGCGUAUUGCCAAUACCUCUAAUCAGUCAUAACUUCACAAACUUUACUCUGCGUAAAUUGCAGAUCUUGAAAUAUCUAGGUAAAGCUGUUGUAAAAUGAGCUGGUAGAAAUCGAAAAAAAUCAAGACGAAUUGAGGUUCUUGAAGAAAAAGGCAAAUAAGUGUAGUUUUUUUAAAAAUUGAGGUAUUAAUGAUUUCAACUAAUACUAGUCUUUAAAUAUAUUCUGUGAAAAAUUCACUUCCAAAUUCCAAUUUCCAAGCAUCAAAAUGUGAACUUGAAUUUUCUGUCCGCCAUAAGGCUCCAUGAAAUUUGGAAACUUUAAACGCAUAUUUCUCGAAAUAGCAAAAACUGCACUAACACACUUUGACCUCCAAGCACCUCAAUUUUCAGCCGCCAGUGACAUCACAGUUCUGCUUUUUUAGUCUCUGGCUCCAUUUUUCAAAAGAUUAUUUUAGGCAUACAAUAGUUGAACAAUAAAACGAUGAGUAGUAAACAUGUGCAAUAUUUUGCUAAUUUAUUGCCAUCUCUAAUGAUGUCAAAGGCAAUUAACUCAUUUCUCUGAAGAGAUCGCCCAUUUAAAACUAUUAGCUGCAAUCACUGGUUUCAUAUUUGAGUACUUUCAUUUUGGAUUUAAAAACUGAAAACUUAACUUUAAAAAGAUGGCCACAGAAAAUAUGAGCAAAAGACAAAAUUGCAGCCUCAUGUCUAAAAUGCUAUAAGACUUCACUUAAGCUGCUUAUGACAAGCUGACUUUAAAGUGGAGGGCACGAAAACACCACACAGUUUUUAAAUUCAAGUUGAUAGCUCAAUUCCGAUUGACAAAAGCAUACCUUCCAGGGAUGUCAGUUUACAGGCAAAGAGAGUAGCCCUUGUUGAGGGUUGAUUUUAUAGAAAUACUAAGAAAGCGAGCCUUACAAAGAAUGUGUGGCCUGGAGCUCUGAGCAUCUUUGAGGUAUAUUUCUGUGACGCAUGCAACAGACCAGACCCAUUGAGGUGAAAGUAUGUACUAGGUCCAGCAAAAAGUAAGUACUGGGUCCGUUUUUGCACCAUUCUCUAUACUCUUCUGACACCGAAAAGAUAUGUAAGUAGUCAUUGUAGACACCACCAUUUUUUUGAGGAGGCAGCAGAAUUGACUGUGUUAUUUCUCAGCUCAGGAAUUGUUUGAUGAAAAUAAUCUCAAUCCCUAAAAUUUUUUGGAGAUGAAAAAAUUUUCCAACUGACGCAUUUAUUCAGGAACAAUCUAUUUUUCUGAUAUACACAUAGGAUGCAUUAAAAACCACCCCAAGUAUUCAAAAUUCCAAGAAUUUUUAUUUAGCUGCAGCACCAAUGAUUCUACAAAAUCUUUAAAACUAAUGUGCUGAAAACUUGUGAACGCAAAGGAAUAUGUUGGUUAUUUAUGUUUAAGUAAAUUUUCAAAGAUACGUGUGUUGGACCAAAAAUUUAAAAAAUUUGUCUUGGCAGAUAAAUUUUUAACCAGGGUUGUUUUUCUAAAUUUCCUGCUAUUCAAAGUCUCCUUUUCCGAAUAAUAAUGCCAUUUAGAUGUAAUUUGGUCAGCAUGACAGCAUGACUAUCAAUUUCAUAGCUCAUGUGACAUUGAUGACAUUUAUGUGAUUCUAUGCAAAGAAUUAUGUAUACUCUGAUGAGCCUCGUUUGUGAUAUCAUUAACUUUACAGUUUUAAUUUAAGGUGAUUAAGUGCAAUACCUAUCAUGAUAGUUUAUCGUACCUAUUUUAACAGCAACUAUACGAAAAAAGCUUUCUCGGAAGUAUCUAGCACUGGUGCAGUUUGAUUGAUUCUCAAAGGAUUCUGAGGACUAAAACUUUUUUAAUUUGUGUUUUGGAGUCUAUGGCUUAUUAAAUCCCCUCUCAUUGUUUUAUAAGUAGCAACCAAGAAACUGAAACAUCAUUACACUUCUUCAUCAUGUAUUUUUUGCUCUUUCUGUUGAAUUUCACGAUAUUUUUUUGAGGUACAUACUGCAUUUCGUCCAUGCAGUUUCUAUUAUUUCCUUGUCCUUAUUUUCAUAAUUUUGACUACCAAUAGGAAAUAGGAGUUUAGUUCACAGAGGCAAAAUCUUGUGCGGAGUAAUUUUUGUAGAGUUGGGUCGACAAAUCAGAUUUUGAGAUUUUUAUGGUGAACUCCCUCAAGUGGCCGAUGGGCCAAGUUGCGACUUGGUUAGGUCAAUUUUGUGCCUAUAGAAAACACAAAGUAUUAUCAUAAUCCUGCAAUUUUUUGCCUCAUACAUGGCAAAUUAGAAUUUCAAAUAACUCUCUCUCAAAAUUACACUUUCUAAAUUGACAAUUUCAUGAAAUUGUAGCUGUGAUUUGUUUUGGCAUUUUCGAGCUUUUUUCCGCUUAAUUUGUGUAAUAUACACUUCUAUAGCCUGCUAUAAAUAACUCAACAAGGAGUCUUUGUUAACUAAGGCACAUUUACCUAUGGGCGGUCAAAAAUUCUUUAAUUUAUUUUUUGUAGACCUUUUUGCAUAUAAUUUUUCAUUUGCAUCUGAGGUGGUGUUUUAAUUUGAAUUUCCAUAAGUGUCUUCAGUUUUUAAUGAAAAAUACUCAUCGUCAGUUCUUAGAACAAGUGUCUGCUGGUGUAUGGUUUUUCAUUGUAAUUUUUUUAUCAUUAUUUACUCUAAUUAAUUUUAUAUUUUAAUUUGUCUCUCGUUCGAGAAAAAAUCCAUGCAUGAUUCCUCUGUGUGCAUUAGUAAACUUCUGAUAAUUGCCCACCCAAAGAAAACUAAUCUCUUUCUAUCUUACAGAUCCCUGAGUUUAGGUACUUUACUCCUCUAGUUUAUUACCUUGGGAAUAAAAGUCAUUAAAAAUUCAACUGCAGGAGGGUCAUUACCCUGAUUGCAGUCCCUACUUUGCACUUUUUUUUUUCAUUUUCACACAAAGGGAUUCCAUUCGGAAGUUACUGAAAAAUACACACUCUGAAAAUAUUUGAUCUAAUCUGAUGGUUUGAAAUUUUAUACAUCUUUAAAAUUAGUUUUGAUCAUUCCAAUAAUUCUCUCUAUCAAAGAAUCGAGGAUAAUUUUAGCAAGUCACUGGUUCCUGGGAAGGGCAUUUGUGAUUAAUACAGUUUUAAAGGAGGUAUCGGCAGUUUUGCAAAACACUUGAAUGGAUUUUCAGGAGGCAUGCUCUGUUUUGCAAUAGACUACAUAAUAUUGUUAGCAACAUUUACAGGCUAAUAAUGUUGACCUGAGAAAAAUAAUAAGAAUGAAUCUUUACUUGCUCAUGUUUUUACCAUUUUCUCCGGCUCAUUUCUGUUCUAAAUUUUAAAAACUUCAUGAUGGUUAAAAAAAUUUAUAAUGAUUUUAAAAAAAUUCCUGGUGAUGAAAUUGAUUAAAAUUAAUUUUUGUAUCUCCUAGAAAUGUAAUUUCCCUUAAUAUUUGCAGAAUAUUUGCUUCUUAAAGUUUUGAUCUUAAAAGCAAAAGACCCUGUGAACUUCCUGUGGGAAUGUGUACCUUGAUCAAUUUCCCAUUUUUUUAUUGCAUUAAACUCCUCUAGUGAUGCUAAUCAAAUUUCAGAAUUGUGCCAACUUUCGAUGGGCCAUCGUUUUCGCACGAUCCGCAAUUGAAGUUUUGAUCAUUUCCAGGACAGGCUGGCAGUAACCAAGGGAAAAUGCAGCAUGUGUCUGUAUGUUAAGGAUGAGAGUUGGAGAGAGAUAGAAACUGAUAUGGACACUGAAGAGAAAAAGUGUGUGGAAUCCAAGAUAAGACCGUCGCUUGCUCGCAGCAAAUGUUGUUAUUUGAUUCAACAGUGGUAGUGGCCGCAGAUCUUGCUGUAUCUAAUUGCGCUGGGAUUUUCAUAUCUAUCUUGUUCACACCCAGCUGGCGGACCCGUACUCAAGCGCUGAAAUGAGGGAUCUCUUUGACUCUUUAUUGCCACAUCACCUUCACUUAUUCAAAGAAUUAUCGAAAGUUCAACCGCUGAUCGUGCAAAAACGGGGGCUCAUAGAAUGAUGGGCGCUAUAAUGACUUUUGAUAUGCAUCUAUAAACGCGUAUAAUGCAAUAAAAAAAAUGGGUAAUCGAUCAUGGCAUACAUCCCUACAAGGGAUUUUAACUUUUAUAGAAUAAACGACACCUAUUAUAAGCACUGGUUGCAGGGCAGAAGUAGGCAAUUAUUUUUAAUUUCGCAUCUAUUUUAGAUCAAUAGCUUUAAACACAGCUCUUGAUUAUCUUGUAACAUUUAAUCCGAUAAAUAUUAUUGAUCAAUGGUAAAAACUGACCAAAAACUUUCUUCGUUUGGAUUUUUUCAUCUGAACUUUAAGUAACCAGUACUGGAAAUUUUGGUUCAUACUUUUGAAUACAUCUGUAAUUGCUAACAGCAUAUAAAACGAUUUGAAGUGUCUUUGGAAAUCUUCAUUCCUCACCCAUGUACUUACUAAGAUCAUCUACAAGUUUUUGAGUCGCUGGUCAGAUACUGUGAUUAUUAUUAUAUUAUUUUUUUUUAAAAAAAAAACAUGAGCUCUUAUUUUUGGAAAUUUGUUAGUCAUUGCUAGUGCCCAAUAAAUUUAAGAGCUUAAAUCUCUAAUUUUGAUGGUCUUCUGGUUAUUGUCGACAAAUUUUGAGUCCAAAGACUUCUCGUUAAGUUUCGUAUCUAAGUUAGUUCAAGGUCUGCAAUUUAGUGUUUAGUGCUGUCCUCUUUUCUCUUUUUUUCGUUGAUUUUUUUCCUUUUUAUCUCUGUAUUAUUGAACAGUAUUUCACGAAAAAUCAAUUAAGAUUUUUGGUCAUUUAGAAUUUUUUGUUUCUUUAUCAAACGUAGAAUGAUUUUUGUUUCAGAGAGAGCUUUCAGUUUAAAUAAGAAAAUUUUCUUUUUCCAUAUUUUUCCUUUUUUCUUUGAUUCUUCCAGUUUACUUCUGAACAAACACCGAGAAAAUUAUGUGUAGAAAACUGCAGCUGAAGCAGCAAUCUAGAUGUUAUUCAUGCCAUAACUUAAUUUCCUAACUAAUUAAUUGUUUUACAAAUUUCUGUCUAAAGUUAUCAUGAUUUCUGUGGACCAUCGUAAAUGGUCUGACUCGAGCAUUUUUAUCUUGUUUAUUAAUAAUUCAAGUGUACUUAUUAUUCUUAAUUGUUCCUUUGAAGGUUGUUUCCUAUCCCUUUGACAAUUGAACUGAUAUUUUUCUUGAGAGCCUCAAUCUUUUGAGCAUAUGUGUCGAAAGAAUUCAUAUUUUAAAACUGGGUUUAAAAGAUUCAACUCAUGCCAAAUGGUUCACUUUUUUCUGUUUUUCCCGAAAUUUGGAUUUUGGCGCUUUGGCCCUCAAGAAAAAUAUCGGCUCAAUUCUAAAGGAAUAGAUUUAUUGGUUUCAUGUUAUUGCAAAAAUAGAUCUGAAAAUUUAGCUUCUCAUUGUAGUUCCAAUGUUUACUUUCUGUAAUUCUGUGGCUGAUUUUAAAAGAAAAUCUAUCGAUAGAUUAUGUUGGCAUCGAAUUCCACUCACAAUUAGUUAAUUAUAGGAAUGACAGGCCAGCUUGUUCUUAAGCUUUUCCUAUCUUUUCAAACAAGAUAAUGUAGUCUUGCUCUGGACUUCACCACUACUUUGUCUCUCAAAAUAACUGGUCAGUGAAAUGCUCACAGUCCAAGGCAAGUAAGAAGUAUUUUUCUUCAUCAUUUUUCAUCAAAAUAUAUUGAGUAAUUUUUUUUUAAAUUUUCUGUGAGGCUGUACCAAAAAAAAUUUGAAACUUUGGAAACUCGCUUGGUUAUGAUGAAAUUUAUACCUGUAUGUAUGCCUUUGUUUAAGUAUAUGGUUGGGUUUUUUCCCUUUAAUAAAAUAAAUUUUAACCAUUCCAGAUAACAUUCCUUUCACCUCAAAAUUUUGAAAACUCUACAAAGUCGGCAUAUGGAAUUUUAAGGAGCAACCAACAAAAUUACUAACUAAAUAUGUAGUCAGCGCUCAAACUUUUCCCAGAAAUUAAGCAUAUUUUUCAUGUCUGUAUCAUUCUUAUUCAAAAAACCUAUAAAAUGUGAAUGAAGUGUGCAAGACUUUUGAGGAUAAGACAAUAUAUUUGUGAAGUAAACAGACUGAUUGGUGUUAUUUUAAAUUUUUUUGAAUAAUAAUGUAAGAUAAUCUCAUCCUUUAUCUUAUGGAGACAUUCUUACAAUUCAUUUAUGUGAUUUCUACCAAUUAAGUAACAAAAUUCUUGUACAGGUGUUGAUUUUUGUGAAGAAAAAAAAGACUAACUUUUAUCACUUCGAAAAAAAGGAAAACUUGGAGAUAUUCUAGGUUUGGUCCUGAAGUUGUUAAGCAUGAAACCUGAAACAAAUUGUUUUUAUUGAAAUAUAUGUUACACAUAUCAUUAAA